CGCCCCUGGCGGUUUUCUUCACAACUAAAUCUAUUAUUAUUUUCACUGAUUUUCAAUUGCAAUUUGUUCUUAGCAGAGGCUGCGGCCCUUGGGGCCUUCAAUAGUUGUUACAUAUUGAAAAGUCCCACUAAUUCCUGUACAAAAAUGACCCGUGGUAACCAACGUGAGCUCGCCAGAGCAAAAAACCAGAAAAAACAGCAAGAACUGGCGAAAGGUAAAGCUAAAAACGAUGGUUUAACCGUAGAACAACGAAAAUUCAGGGAUGCUGAAAUGAUGCGAGAGAAACAGCGGAAGAAAGAAGAAGCUAAAUCUAAGUCUCACUCGUAAAUUAAUCGUUUGUUUUAUUACCUAUAUAAUAUAUUUUGUACUAUGGAAUUACAGGGCAGUUGUAGCAUUUACUAUUCUCAGUUUUUUGAAGUAUUAACCACCCAUUUGACAGUUUUGUAAUCAUUACUUUGUUCAUUAAAUUUUCAAGCCCU